GUCGCGAAGCGAACGGAUGCCCCGCCAUGGCUGUGAGGCGCAUCGUUUCUGCGUUGCGCCGCGGCACGUCCCGCAUCGCCCCGCUGUCCACCGCGCCGGCGGCUCGCGAGCAGACUGCCGCAGGCCGGGAGGCUGCGCCAGGAUGCGGGACUGCCGAGGCCGCACGGCCGCCGGUGCCUGUCGUGGACUUCGGCAACACUCAAGAAGCGUACCGCAGCCGGCGCAGCUGGGAGCUGGUGCGCAGCUUGCUGGUGCUGCGCCUGUGCGCCUCGUCCGCGCUGCUGGCGCACCACGAGCAGCUGCUCCAUCUUGCCAGGAGACUUCUGGGGCAAAGGCUGUUCGAAAAGCUGAUGAAGAUGACCUUCUAUGGGCAGUUCGUGGCCGGCGAGGACCAGGAGUCCAUCCGCCCCCUGAUCCGGCACAACAGGGCAUUCGGAGUGGGCUCCAUCCUGGACUAUGGGGUGGAGGAGGAUCUGAGCCCUGAGGAGGCUGAGCGCAAGGAGAUGGAGUCCUGUACGUCAGCUGUAGAGAGGGAGGGCAGUGGUACAAGUAAGAGAGAGAAGCAGUACCAGGCCCACCCGGCCUUUGGAGACCGCAGGGACGGAGUCAUCAGUGCCCGAACCUACUUCUAUGCCAACGAAGCCAAGUGUGACAGCCACAUGGAGACGUUCUUGGCCUGCAUUGAGGCUGCAGGCCAAGCCAGUGAGGACGGCUUCUCAGCCAUCAAGCUUACUGCACUGGGGAGACCUCAGUUUCUGCUGCAGUUCUCAGAUGUGCUGACCAAGUGGAGACGAUUCUUUCACCAAAUGGCUGCAGAACAGGGGAAGGCUGGUGUAGCUGCCGUGGAUACGAAGUUGGAGGUGGCUGCAUUACAGGAAAGCGUGGCCAAGAUGGGCAUUGCAUCCAGGACGGAGAUUAAGAACUGGUUCACUGCAGAGACCCUGGGCGUGUCUGGCACCGUGGACCUGUUGGACUGGAGCAGCCUCAUUGACAGCAGGACCGAGCUCUCCAAGCACCUGGUGGUCCCGAAUAUGCAGACAGGACAGCUGGAGCCACUGCUGUCACGAUUCACCAUGGAGGAGGAGCAGCAGAUGACGAGGAUGCUGCAAAGGAUGGACGUCCUGGCCAAGAGAGCCACCGAGAUGGGCGUGCGGCUGAUGGUGGACGCCGAGCAGACCUACUUCCAGCCGGCCAUCAGCCGCCUGACAAUGGCAAUGCAGCGCAAGUUCAAUGUGGGGAAGCCACUCAUCUUCAACACGUACCAGUGCUACCUCAAGGAUGCCUAUGACAACAUCACCCUGGAUGUGGAGCUGGCUCGCCGCGAGGGCUGGUGUUUUGGGGCCAAGCUGGUGCGGGGGGCAUAUAUGGCCCAGGAGCGGAGCCGCGCUGCAGAGAUUGGCUAUGAGGACCCCAUCCACCCUACGUACGAGGCCACCAAUGCCAUGUACCACAGGUGCCUCAACUAUAUCCUGGAGGAGCUGAAGCACAACACCAGGGCCAAAGUGAUGGUGGCCUCCCACAAUGAGGACACAGUCCACUUCACGCUGCGCAGGAUGGAGGAGCUGGGCUUGUACCCUGCGGAUCGCCAGGUGUACUUCGGACAGCUCUUGGGCAUGUGCGACCAGAUCAGCUUCCCAUUGGGCCAGGCGGGCUUUCCUGUGUACAAAUACGUGCCCUAUGGCCCUGUGAUGGAGGUGCUACCCUACCUGUCCCGCCGUGCCAUGGAGAACAGCGGUGUUAUGAAGGGCGCCCGGCGGGAGCGACAGCUGCUGUGGCAGGAGCUCAAGCGGAGGGUCUGCACAGGCAGCCUCUUCCACCGUCCAGCCUAGAGUUCAUGGGCAACCAUCGUCAUCUACCUUCACACUUGGCCUCCAGCCCUGGCCUGGGAGGGGCUCUGGGCGGCCCCAGGCCAUUGCCACUGCUAUAGCCCAACCCCAACCUCACAUGGACUCACUUUUCAUGCCUUGACUGAGACCUGCUGGAAGUGGGGCCUCAGGGCUCCUCUGGCCCCAGCUCUGGAUGUGGGUGCUCAAGCUGUGUCUGAUGCCUGCUAGAGCCACCGUGAACUGCUAGGAACUGCCUUUCACCAAGUGGGCACGACCAUCUCUGCCUGCCCCCAUGACGUUGGACCUGAAGUACCACCUUCUGCCAGGGUUCAUCCAACCCACGUUCCCCUGAGCCCCACAGGCGGGCAGUCGCCAGGCUGGGAAAGCCAGCCUGGUCAAUAAACCACUACUGUAGCCCUUAA